AAUCACAUCAUCUGUGUGUGACAUGAUCUCCAUGAGCCCACAUUACCACACUGUCAUAUGAAGCCUCCUACCCUUUUCAACGAGGACUUCAUCUCAUCAGGCUAACAGCUGAAGCAGAGAGGUGAAGGAGCAGAAGUCUGCUUCACAGACAGUCAGUCAGCCACACGCUGUGGCGCGCAACCGUGCGCUCGGUCACUCACUUCGCUCUCCGUGCGCGCAGCGGCAGCAGCACAGCACACACGCGUAACUGAUGGAGCAGCUAGACGACGAACUGCUCGGCAACUGCGGCGGAAUAACGAGCGAGAGCGAGAGCGAGAGCGAGAGCGAGACCACCAUGAGCCUGGAGGAACCGCGCGCUCUGCCAUGCUGAGCAUCUCCCUCGCGCUCCUGCUGGCUCUGACCGCUCCCGUCCGCUGCGCCCACAGCUGGAGCGACGAGGACCUCCUGCUGCCGCCCAUCAACUCCUCCGGGAGACUCCUGGCCAGCCUGGAGGUGGAUGUGGGCUACUCCAAGAGAUCCGUGGAGGAGCCCGAAGCCUCCUCGCAGUGCAACGUGAGCGUGGAGAGGCUCUCCACCAAACUCGUGGCGCGCUGGGACAGCAGCUUCGGCUUCCAGUGCGACGUGCUCAUGUACACCACGAACAGCCACGGCAAGGCGUUCUUCUCCGCCGCCUUCAACCGGGCGAUCUCGCCGGUCUACAUCGAGCACCUGGGCGUCACGGGCGGCCAGCAGGAGUUCAGACUGUGCGUGGGAUGCGGUCUGUCCCGGUACCGGAGAUUCCGACGGGGCAGGUCAGAGGGUCAGCAGGCGGGCGACUCGGUGCACUUCUGCUGCGUGGACUUCGCUCUGGACGAGCUUAAGGGCGACCGGAGCUGGAGGCUCAACCGCAAGCCCAUCGAAUCCACUCUGGUGGCGUGUUUCAUGACUUUAGUCAUCAUAAUAUGGAGCGUCGCUGCCCUCAUAUGGCCAGUUCCCAUUAUCGCGGGAUUUCUGCCCAAUGGAAUGGAGCAGCGACGGCAGAGGUAAUAGAACAGUACAGGAUAGAAUUCAAAUGAGCAUCUGUAGGCUAAUAUAGGAUCCUAAACUAGUUGACUUGCCAAACAUCCUAUGCGUAGUGGCACACGUGUCAUACAUUUGCUUAAACCGUACUACUCUCGUGUUUGAAACUGCUAUUAUAGCUGCAUCUCCUGAUGGAUGGAGGUAUU